CCUUAGCUAGCUCAAACCCACAAAACUUCUUGUCAAAGUUUAAAUACAGCCACAUUAUCAACCUCUUGUCAAACCCCAACCUCCACUCCCCCAAAAAAAAUCCCCUUUUCUUCUUCUUCUUCUCCUCCUCCUCUUCAAUGGCUGAUGAACUAAGAGAUUUCUACUAUCACCAGCCAUAUCAAGAAGAUUCUUCAGUGGUUCAAAAUAUACAUAUGCUUGAUCCAUCUUUUAUGAGCUAUACUAAUGAGUAUUUACAUGGAUCAAGUAGUGAUUAUACUAAUAAUUCAUUUGGAAAACCCUUUGGAUUUUCAGCUCCAUCUCCAUUUUCUUCAAUUAAAGAUGAUCAUGAUAUUAUAAAACAAGAUGUGAAUGGUAAUAUUAAUAGUAAUAAUGAUGUUGUUGGAGGAGGAGGAAGUGAAACCCCAGUUACACCAAACUCUUCAAUCUCUAAUUCCUCUUCUAAUGAAGCUGCUGGUGAUCAUGAGGAUUCCAACAAGAAAGAUAAGCAAGUGAAGGAUGAAAGCUUAGAAGAUGGUGAAGAUGCAUCUAAAAAAGAGAAUAAAGCAAAAAAGAAGGGGGAGAAGAAGCAAAGGCCACCAAAAUAUGCAUUCAUGACGAAGAGUGAGGUUGAUCAUCUUGAAGAUGGAUAUAGAUGGAGGAAAUAUGGACAGAAGGCUGUUAAGAAUAGUCCUUAUCCAAGAAGCUAUUAUAGGUGCACAAGUCAAAAAUGCCAAGUGAAGAAACGUGUGGAGAGGUCAUAUCAAGAUCCAUCCAUUGUUAUCACAACAUAUGAGGGUCAACACAACCAUCAUUUGCCAUCUACUCUUCGUGGGAACGUUGCUAGGAUGUUGAAUCCUUCCAUGUUAACACAACAAUCACCAUUGAUGGCACCACAUGCAGCUUUUCAUCAAGAACUCAUCAUGGCUCAAAUGCCUCAUCAAUUCUAUGGCCAGGGAAAUGCUUUUGGAAAUUCCCAAAUGUAUCAUCAAAAUCUAACUCAUCCACUUCAUAAUCAACAGAUGCAGCUUCCUCCUCAUGACUAUGGACUUCUCCAAGACAUGGUUCCUUCUAUGUUUAAUCUUAAACAAGAACCAUGAGAUUCUUGAGGCUUUGAGACUUGUGCUCUAAAGCUCUAAUAAUUAACCCUACUUGAGUCUUAUUUAUUUAUAGCUAUCUUCCUUUUUUUUUUUUUGGUAAUUUAGAGAUAUAGAGAUGAACUAUGAACCUCUUCCUUAAUCAAAUCAUCUCAUGUAUUAUAUAUUUAGUACUACUUCACCAUCAUAUAUACACUAUCUAAUUUUCUAAUCUUUGAGCUUAUUAUAUAGAUGCCCUUUCGAAUGCUUUUAAACUUGACGUGUUCUCUCAUUGGAGGAAGCAAGGGUUCUUGUUUCCUUUAAAGUUGGAUUUGAUCAACAUUAUGAGGUAAUUAAGGCAUGAA